UAAGGCCCCCCCUCUUCUCUCUCUCUCUCUGGUUUUUUUCGAGUUCAAGGCGUGGCAUUGGGCUCUCAUUACUCGUCCUCUCCAUUUCUCUCACACACUUUCUCUUACCUCUUCGAGCACUCAUCGAUUGCUCUGUCUGUAUAUGUUUCCUUCACAUUCGCACUCACUCCAGAGACACAGAGAGAAUAGAGUGUGACAGGAACCAAGGAGAAUAACCAUCAACGAAUACCAGUUUCUCUCUCUUUCUCUCUCAUCACAUGAUCUGAAUCGCUCUGUUUAAUUUCUCCUGGAGCUGACAAGAAAGUGAGGGAAGCUCAAUACCUUCUGUCGUUACUUGAUUCUUUCCAUCUUUCCUUGUUUCUCCCUCUGUUUCUUGUUAAUCUCUCUAUAUAUAAAUUUCUAUGGAGAUGGAGAAGUGGGAAAAGUCGCAACGAGAAGACAGAUGUCGACACGCGAGGACAAACCCAUCUUUCUCUUCGACCCUUCUCGACGCUAUCUAUCGCUCGAUAGACGAAGGUGACGACGGAGGAGAAGAAGAGAUGGUUCUCUAUAGGGAGACUAUGAGAAAGAAACAGAGUAGCAGUGUUCGAGGAAGCAGCGUGUUACCGCAGGAAGAGAUGGUAAAUCUUCGACGAACCGACCUGAUCGAGCAAUGGAUGGAGAAGAAGGUAAGCGAGAAGGUCGUAGUCCGUCGGAAGUCAUCGGUUGCAGAUUUCGAUUUCAACCCACCAAAGUUACCAAGGGAUCGGAAUUCUGUGUUGUUCAAUUCUACUUCAAGUUCCUCAGAUUCUAGCAGCGGAGGUGGUUUUUCUUCUUCUGAAGCCGAGUCAGUUUACGGAGCGAGAUCAAGUUCCUCAGGUUUGAAACCGGUUCAAACGGUGGUUUCCGUUCAAUCGGAGAAACCUCCGCGCUAUGAACGGCAGCAGAGGAAGUCCAACGAUUUUGAUAAUCAUUACCAGGGGAGAAAUAACUCUGUAACUCAGCAGAAGCCAAAGCACGAAGGUGGUUUCAUCAAGACAAAGUCGAGAGCUUUAAAGAUCUACGGCGAUCUAAAGAAAGCGAAGCAGCCCAUCUCGCCCGGUGGUCGUCUCUCCAACUUUCUCAAUUCUCUGUUCACCGCAGGUUAUCCGAAGAAAGCAAAGAUCUCUUCGUCUUCUUCAGUAGGAGGUGGAGGCGAUGAAAGGGAAUCAAAAUCAGCUCAGGCAUCGACUUGCUCAUCGGCAUCUUCAUUCUCAAGGUCCUGUUUGAGUAAAACCCCAUCUUCGAGAGGGAAAUUGAGUAAUGGGACGAAGAGGUCCGUUCGAUUCUACCCUGUCAGUGUAAUUUUCGAUGAAGAUUGUAGACCCUGUGGACAUAAAUGCCUUCACGAAGACGAACCGAAUCUGAUGGCAGUUACAGCCGUAAGGAAAAUCGGAGAAGCUUCAUCGCUCAACAAAGAACUCCAAUUCCAUCUCACGGAGAAGAACCGGCGUGUGGAAGAGGCCGCCCGUGAUCUUCUUAAAGGUUAUCAGAAUAAGUGUUACUUCAAUACGAGAGAUCUUCAUGUAGACGACGAAGACGACGAAGAUGAUGAUGAUGAUGAUGAUGCAGCAAGCUAUUCAAGCUCUGAUCUUUUCGAGCUGGAUAACCUUGCAGCGAUUGGGAUCGAUAGGUACAACGAAGAGCUGCCGGUGUAUGAAACAACUCAUCUCGAUACGAAUCGCGCCAUCGCUAGUGGCUUGAUUCUGUAGUUGUUACAGAGAGGAGAGGGGGAAAGAGACCAAAUUCAAAAGAGAAAAGGAAAGAAUAUUAUCCGUUUAAUUUACUGGUUUGGGGGUUUACAUCAAAGAAUAAAAUUUUAAU